AUGGAAAUGUUUUGGUACGUGGCAUGUUUGUGGAGUGUCAGUGUUGCUGCUUUUAACCUGGACACCAGCAGUGUCAUACAGAGAACCGGACACCAAGGCAGCCUUUUUGGAUUUUCUGUUGCUUUCCACCAACAGCAGAGUCCAACCAAAAAGAAUUUGUUACUGGUGGGAGCCCCAAAAUCGAAACAUUCGUACCUGGCGAACAUUACUGGUGCACUCUAUCAAUGUGAUCUUAGUAUGUCUUCCGAGCACUGUCAGCCCAUUGACUUAAACCACGAAGAAUUCCUUGAGAGCAACAGUAUGAAUGGCCAGUGGAUGGGAGUGAGAGUGACGAGUCAAGGUCCUGGUAAAAAUGUCAUGACGUGUGCCCAUCGGUAUCAGCAGUGGAACCAGCAUUCGCCUCGACUGUUAACAGGCCAGUGCUAUAUAUUAGGGGACGGCCUGCAGGUUGGGAAAGACGAGAGGAAGUGGAGGAGGGUGGUUUGUGAUGACGAACACCUGAACAGACGUCAGAAAGAUCAGGAGUGGUUUGCGUACUGUCAGCAGGGUCAUGGCGCAUCUUUUGCUAAGGACAACAGAUCUUUGGUCUUUGGAGCACCGGGUGCUUAUCAGUGGAAAGGAAUUGUGCGGCUGGAGCUUCUGGACAAUCCAGACGUUUAUGGUGAGCUUCCUCGUGAGACUGGAAAUAUUGACCUGUUCAACUCCAAACUCAUUCCUCUCCAAAGUAACAGCUACUUGGGAUUUUCCAUUGACUCUGGUAUGACUUUGCUCAAGGGAGGUGAUCUUACCAUUGUAUCAGGAGCACCCAGAGGCGGAUACAGUGGUCAGGUAGCCUUUCUAAAGGCAGACCCAUUGGCAAAAAGAAAUUUGUCUGUAGAGUUGGUCCUGUCUGGUCCAGGUUUGGCUUCCUCCUUCGGAUACGACAUUGCCGUGGUGGAUCUUAACAAUGAUGGGUGGGAGGACCUCGCUGUGGGAGCACCUGAAUUCUUUCUUAAAGAUGAUUUUAUUGGAGGAGCGGUCUACAUCUACAUCAACAACAAAGGGGAAAAUUGGCAGAAUAUUAAUCCCAUUCAACUUACUGGACGCAAAGAUUCCAUGUUUGGACUUGCAGUGGAAAAUAUUGGCGAUGUCAAUCAAGAUGGAUAUGGAGACAUUGCUGUGGGGGCACCAUAUGACAGUUCUGGUCGGGUAUACAUCUACUGCGGAUCAGCAAGUGGUAUCAACAAAAAAGUGGCACAGGUCCUCUCGCCAGGACCCCAAAAAAUCACCUUGUUUGGAUAUUCUUUGUCGGGUGACUUGGAUAUUGAUGGUAACCAUUACCCUGAUUUGGCAGUUGGAUCACUCUCGGAUGCAGUCUUUGUUUACAGAGCUCGGCCCGUGGUCAGUGUCAGCAGCACUCUAACAAUAACGCCAAAUGAAAUAGAUGUCACUAAGCAAAAGUGCAAUCAGCGCAAAUGUUAUUUCGCAGUACAGGCAUGUUUUACCUACUCUGCACAACCGACAUCAUUUAACCCCAAACUGACAAUCAGCUUCUCAUUUGAGGCUGAUACAACGAGGCGGAAAUCCAGGCUUGCCCCUCGAGUGGACUUUUUGGGCUCGUAUCAUGGGACACUGGAGCUGCCUGGCCAGGGCAAAAUUGUUUGUGCUAACACAAAUCUGCGACUUCUGCAGGACACUACAGACAGGUUGCACAGUAUCCCUAUCUCUGUUACCUGGUCUUUGCCUAGCUCCAGUCCAACAACGAGGACUAACAUUGGACUGCCUGUUGUCACCCCUGUGCUGGACCGCUUUCGGGAAAAAAGCACCGUCUCAGAGAUAACCUUCAUCAACAAGGGCUGCGGCAGUGACAAUGUUUGCCACAGUAAACUGGAGCUGCAGUACAAGUUCUGUGCCAGGAAAACACAAAACCAUCAAGAUGUUUUCCAAUCACUGGUCAGAGAGGACGGUGUUGCAGUCAUCACUCCCUCCGGUGAGGAAGUGGCUUUGGAGAUCACUGUCACCAAUGAAGACGGGGAAGAUGCGCACCAGAGUCACUUGAUCAUCAAGCUUCCAGAUCAUCUCCGCUACUCCUCAGUGGUCUACGCCUCAAUGUCGGUCAAAUGUUGUUUCCAGGUGACAUGCUCAGGCAACGACAAGGGAACAGUGAUAGACUGUGAGCUGGGAAACCCUCUGCAAAGAGAUUCUCAAGUCAAAUUUUAUGUCAUGCUUACCACAAGUGGCAUCUCACUGAGCACAAAAUCUGUCAACGUCACACUUCAGCUUCAGACGACGAGUGUGCAGACUUUAGAACCUGUUGAGGCGACAGCCAGAGUGGUUUUUGAACUGGGACUGCAACUAUAUGGGCUUGCCAGGCCAUCUCAAGUGUCAUUUAGUAGAAGCUUAACAGGCAAGAGAGCUGUAAAAACACUGGAUGACAUUGGAACCUCGAUACAGUUUGAAUUCAAGAUAACAAACCAGGGCAGAUCUCUGAAAUCGUUCGCUAAUGCAUCUCUGGACAUCCACUGGCCUAAGGAAAACUCAGAUGGGAAUUGGUUGCUCUACUUGUCCCAAGUCACUAGUGCAGGAGUGCAUUUAGUCUCCUGUUCCCCAAUUGACCAAAUCAAUCCGCUAAAACUGAAGGCUUGGCCUGGAGGUUUCAGGGAAAGACGCGAGGCUGAAUACGAGGGCCAAUAUGACGCCUUCUCCACUGCUGGAUUCUUUCUUCAAUCAAAAAGGAAAUACAAAACUCUGACCUGCUCAGAUGGCCUCGAAUGUGCCGAGCUGCACUGCCCUCUAGUGGGAUUGGACAACACUGCAAUGAUUGUUCUCCAUGCAAGCCUUUGGAAUUCUACUCUUACAGAGAUAGAGGAUUACAAGUCUUUAAAUUACCUGGACAUCGUGGUGGACGCUGCCGUCACCCUCACUAACUCUCCAGAAAACAUUGGACUCAAAGAGAAAACCCCUAGUACUAAGGUAAAGGUGACAAUUUUCCUGGAGAGAGAAGAUAAAUAUUUGACUAAAGUGGCCUGGUGGAUCAUCGUGCUGACGGUCGCAGCAGGCCUGCUGCUACUGGCUCUUCUCUGCUUCUUUCUAUGGAAGCGGGGUUGCAUAAGGUGUACGUGUAACGACAAAUCUUCGCACCUGAAGAUGAGAAAAGCCUGA